AUGACGUCACGUGCCGAGUCCCUGAUGCCGAGAAAAGAGCCCUCAGAGCGACCACCAAAUGCACGAAGGUUAAACAGAUGCCGCGCGAUACGCCGGGAGGCAAAAAUUCGUGGCUCCCUGGAGGACGACAAGGUGGGGCUUUUGACUUCCUUGGUCCCGAACGGACAGAAUGGGACGGGAGAAGCGAGGCCGGCUAGACGGAUCUAUAGUGGCGCAGGCGUGGUGCAAGGGCUCGACUUCGACCGUGAAGAGGGCGGCUUGAAGAAAUCGAGGAAAAGUAACCGACACCCGCCGGCCGGGAGCGAAGACUUGAGGCAAAUGAAGCGAGACAGAUCGCAAUCUGUGAUCGCUAGAGUGAAUGGCCUCCAGCGCCUGGAGGCUAGCUCCACGACAUGUGCUUGUUCACAAAGUCCCAAUGGCGUUCAUCGAGGCGAUAACGAUCGAAGAGGUGAAAAGUGGGUGGAUAGGGACGAGUCCCAUCUGUCUGCUACGAUAACGAGUACGGAGCCACGCUUGGCGGCGAUGGUGAUACAUUCGGACGAAAAACCUGGACCUAGUGGGGUGCUGAGGAUGUAUUGGGAGGGUUGGGAGUCGAGAUUCAUCUUAAGAGGUGCAGAGGCCGGCCCAGAAGGGGAGUGGAUAAGGCGUGUUAGCCGGUUUUGGGGAGGAAGAGGGGAGGGUGAGGAGCGAAUAGACCAAAAAGAAGAGAAGAAUGGUUGUCCAUAUCACAAUCGUCAUGCCGUUCCGGGAAUGAAUGAACAGUUUCGGGAAAAUAGCGAGGAUGGCGUGUUUGGGUGGGGAGUUGGAUCCAAUGAAUUUUCAGGAUUUUUGGAGAUAGAGAUAUGCCGAGAGAGGCGUGUCCCACCAAUUGAGAUCCACAGUUGUGACCAUUACGGAGAUGGCCAAUGCAAACGAGGGACCAAUGACCCGAACAGAAACCAUUUUCGGAAAGUGAAUAUUAUCGAGGAGGCGAAGUGGAGAAGGGUUGGAAAAAUUCGUCAGUAUACUGUGGAAAAGACAUGCACAAAUAUGGUCGUGAAACGUGACUCACCGUUGAAGGUGGUAGUGGCACGGGCGAUGCCACUGGCGUCGAUCCAUUGCUAUCGUCACCCACGACUCUCCGAACCGCUUCCAAGGAACCUGCCCGCGAAAUUAGUCAGUUUAUAUUCACGAGAUUGGAACUGGGUCAAAUGGUGGGUAUCAGAUCAUGGAGGCAAUUUGGCCUGGAUGUGGAGUUGGAACGGCGAAGAGCGCGCACCCAGACCAGAGGAGAAGGGGGGAAAGAGAUGGCGCGUGGAGAUGGAGACAGCUAUCAAGAGGAGCUGGAUAAAGAGACGAGCGCUGGUCGUGAAUUGGCUGCCAUCGUGGAGAGAACUGGGCUUGUUGGUACUUGCUUGUUUGCAGAAGAAGAUAGAGGACAGAGUAGCAGAGGAAGGCGGGAAUUUUUUGUGUUUUGAAUGUGCUAGUGAAUGGGAUGGGUUGGACGGCUUGUCUCGUUCGAGACAGAGAGGGAGAGGGACGCUGAGAGGGGGGUUAACCUUGGUGGUAUCGAAAUGCUCGGUCGUGCAACAGACGCACUGCGACUAUAUAACUCUCUCUGGAAACGCGCUAGCGGCUCGGGGUGUAAUCCUUGGAGAGGGAGGAGGUAGAAAGCAAGAUGGAAUCGGAUUGCUGUCCGCUGGCUUGCCUAGAAGCACGCUCAGACCAUCAUUCGCCCUUUCUCCAUACAAGGUCGACAUACACUCACCGCCGCACAUACAGACUCCCUGUCUCUCCUCCUCCUCUACCCCUCUGACAGACGUAAUCGAUGAAACAGGUCCACAACACCUGACUCUGAAGUUGACCGUCUCCGCAUCCCCCUCCAUGAUCGAGGGUCUAGACCAACGGACCCCACUCGUGUAUACGCUCUCCGGUGGCGUCCUACCGAGCGUCAGUAUGCCCUAUGACCAGCAAGAAGCCCAUUCUGAACAGCUCCGGCCCGAUGAUCAUGCGCAGUCCGCAAGGGAUGGGACAGAUUGGAAAACCACCGAGCUGGGAUCUAUGGAGGCCAUAACAAAGAGACCGGAGAGGGGAACAGAAGGAAAGUGUUUCGAAAUGCCAUUCUUGGCUGAUAAGGCGUUUAGCUCGG